AUGGUACAGCGAAUGAGAAGACCUGUUAGACCUAAAGGGUUUAUGGCAAAAGUUGGUAAAACUGUUAAUAAAUGGUGGUCAUCUAUAUAUCAACCCGAAUGGGGUUGCCUUGGUUCGAAUGGACCUGCUUUAUGGCACAAAAUUGAUAAAUCAUAUAGAACAUGUAAAGGCAUUAAACAGCAAUCCCCCAUAGAUCUUAAAGUUGAAGAUUUUAUCAAUUCUACUAAAUUGAAGUUAAACGUAAUCAAACCAACCGAUUUAAUUCUCUUAAAUAAUGGUCAUACUUAUCAAGUUCAACGUUCUGAAGGUACUAUUGAAAAACCUGCAUUAUAUGAAGAUGCAACAUUGAAAGUUGAUGGUGAAACAUAUUAUCUUGCUCA